GGCGUCAGCCAGUGUAUGAAUUCCCAUUGUGGUUUGGAUUUAAGCCAUUUUCCCGUCAAAGAUAAAGACCAGGAAAAGAAGACUUGGCAGAUCUAGGCAGUGAUGUCUACUGGAGGUGGGGAUAACAUGAUGUCGGGCUCCCCUGCCCCCAUCAUCGGGUUCCCCUUACCCGCCACCCCAGGGGAUGCCACCUCAGGGAAUGCCACACGGAUGGCGCCCCAUCAAGGAAUGCCUCCACAAGGCAUGGGUCACCAAGGAAUGUCACAAGGCAUGCCACCUCAAGGAAUGAGCCAUGGCAUGCCACCACAAGGCAGUGGGACACCACGGCAUGCCUCCACAGGGUAUGCCCCAAGGUAUGUCACAGCAAGGCAUGCCUCACAGGGUAUGCCCCAGGGAAUGCCACCUCAGGGUAUGCCCCAGGGAAUGUCACAAGGCAUGCCUCCCCAAGCUAUGUCCCAAGUUAUGCCGCCCCAAAACAUGCCUCAAGGCAUGCAAUCACAGGGAAUGCCUCCUAUGGGCAUGUCACAGGGAAUGCCACACCAAGGAUGCAAACAUCAGGGUAUGCCGCCACAGGGUAUGCCCAUGCAGGGGAUGCCUCAAGGAAUGUCGCAGCAGGGUAUGCCUCAGCAUGGUAUGCCCCACAAGGGAUGCCUCCGCAAGGCAUGCCUCAGCAAUCUAUGCCACCACAGGAAAGCACACCAACACCAAAGUCGAAGAGCAAAAGCAAGAGCAAAAAGAAAAAAAAGCAGCCGGCCACACCAUCCAGUGAAGAGAAGGGAAUGACAGAUGAAGCCAGAUUCCCCCCAAUGAUGGGUAUGGGACAGAGGUCAAAAGGUGGACCUCAGAGUAUGGGUGGACCAAAUAUUGGGGGCCCAGGAAUGGUGUGGACCAAAUAUGGGAGGUCCAGGAAUGGGAGGACCAAAUAUGGGUGGUCCAGUAAUGGGAGGACGCAAAUAUGGGAGGCCCAGGAAUGGGAGGGCCAAAUAUGGGUGGCCCAGGAAUGGGAGGACCAAACAUGGGUGCCCCAGGAAUGGGAGGACCAAAUAUGGGAUCAAACAUGGGUGGACCAAACAUGGGUCCUGGAAUGAAUACUCCUAGUAUGGGUGGCCCAGGCAUGAGCGGAUCGAAUAU